CCCACUAUCCAACCGGAAGGGAGAAUAUAAACAAAAUAGUUGACAAGAAGUCACAAGAGACGGUUUCGUCGCUGCAGUAUUAUCAUGAUGAAGUUGGAAGUUGUCGGUUUUAUAAACGAUGUCGUCUACUUGGACUGACUUUGUGACACACCUGUCAAUAAUCUGACAAUCUCCGGGGUCGACGACAGGCUUCAUUUAUGGAUAUCUUGUUGGCUAGCUGCUAGCUAACGUUAGCUAAAGGGCUAAUCUCGCUGCGCUCCCAGUUUAGAGGUUCAUUAGCUACAGAUGCCUCAGGAAGGAGAACAGUCUCUUCCCCUCGUUCGCUCCCUGAACACACAAAUACAAAUCAAUGCUGUGUUCUGUAACCGCACCCCCCGUGUGGUACGACCGCUGUGGAUAGAUUACCGCGGGGAACCUCAGCCCUACGAUGAUUUACAGCCAGGAACGGGACGGAGAAUGACCACAUUCGUCGGUCACCCGUGGAUGUUCAGAGAUGCAAGGACUGAUGAGCCACUGAAAGUGAACUGCAAAGAGCUUUUUCUUCCUAAACCAGCAGAGGGUGGAAAUGUAACAUUUGCUAAUAUCACUUUACCAGUUUACAGCCUCAAGGAUCGUGCUCUUCAGGUUAUUCGGCGUCUUGUACGACCAGAAGACUACAGGCAGCUGGAAAUAGCACAGUGCCUCCAUGAGGAGCUGGAAGAUCAGCCUAGUGUGCUGAAAGAUCUCCACCGCAUGAACCAGCGAGUAGAGCAGCAUCUGCUGGAGAGGAUCCAAGGCCAGGAGGAAUGAGACUUGAAAGUGGAUGGACAUUGAUCACUUCUGGACAGCAAAUCUGUACUCCACACUAUACAGUAUCCUCUAUGAAAUAGUAUUUUUUGUCCUCUAAAAUGAUGUCUAAGGAUUUCAAUGUUUAUUCCUAAAAGGCCACUUGAGAAAUGGGGAAACUUUAGGGUUUAAUGCCUAUCGGAUUAUGUUACGCUCUACUUUGUUUUGCCAUAUAGCCACGUUCCGUCACGUUAACUCCCAAAACAUUUCCUAUACAAUCAUUUGUACAAGAUGGAACGUACAAGAAUGUUUCUGUCAAGGAAUCAGUCUUAUAGUUGACUUCUGUCCCGAAUAUCACAAAAAAAGGAAAAUAAAUCAAAAUUGUAUAGUUACAAUAGAUAGGAAUUUCAGAGAGAUAUAUGCUGUUUAUAUUCUUAUGAGGGAUACCUAAUAGUGCCAGCUUACUGUAACAUUCCCCUAAAAAAAAAAAUAAAAAAAAAAUAAACUCUUACUUUGUUAUCUUGGCUUUUAAGCUCAGCAGAAGUUAAAUGGUUGAGCAAAAAUCAUCAGUCUUUAGCUUUGGCACUUUAAAUCUGGAAAAAUCUGGAAUUAUUAUAGGUGCAUUUUCCAAGUUAGCCUAUUCUUUUAAAUGCAGACUUAUUGUCAGAAUAUACUUACGACCAUAAAUGGGAAGAGUUUCUUCUAAAAUUUUGUCUUGCAGUAAUUUCCUAUGGGGAAAACAAAGUAAUCAAAUUGUCUUUACCGUUUUUAAGAUUAGGCUGUGAAACACUGUGACUGAGGAGCUUGUGCUUUUCGUUUUUUCAUACUUUGUAAUUCUUUUCCUCUUAUGUUCUUCUGUGAACCUGUUUUAAAUUUAUAAGCUGCUACUGUAUCUUAAAAACUUUCAUUCUUUAUUUGUGUACAAAAUAAAUUAAAUAUAUAU